GUCACGUCCCCGCACCGUCAUGUCAUACCUUAGUCGCCUCCUCCAACAGUCCCCAUCCAUCCCCCCAAGUCCCAUAUCCCGCAUAUCGUUCUAGGUCGUCCUCGCGUGGUUUCUGCCCAGCUCGAGUCCCCGACCAUGGAUCUUCCUCCGCUCUCCCAGAACCAGCUGGCGGCCGUGGUCGCCUCUGCUCAGUCGCCGACGGAGCUCUACAGCACACUAUCAGAAUAUGAAGGCGAGGCAUGUCUUCUCUCAACCAAAGAUGGCGAACAAGCGGGGCUGCUCAGCCGUUACUACUCGACCUUCUUUUUCUCUCACCUUCUCACAGACCAAAUUCGCGAGGCUCGUUUAUCGACGAAGCGCAUGCCACAAGUCUUGCUAGAAAGCGAUCCUUCAUUGCAAAACUGUUUAAAUCUGCUCCGGGCCGUUUGGCAACGAAAAUACGAACAAGUCUAUAAGAUUCUGAGAGAACGGCCAUGGUCGGAACCACUCAAACCACUGGUCCAGAGCUAUGACGCUCAUUUUCAGGAAAAGACGUUGAAGGAAGUCAGCCGAGCCUAUGAGGCGAUCAGACCAGCAGCAGCAGCAACAUAUCUCGGCCUCGACCCUACCGCCGCCGAACAGGGCGAUCCGGUCACCAUGCAGAAAUUCUUAGCUUGUGGAUGGACCUGGGAGGACGAGACAGGGCUGUUGCACCCAAAACCGAUCAUCGACGACCCACAGAAAGACGCUCAGCUGUAUAAUGAACUAAGUGAGGUCAUGGCGCUGAUCGGGAACCGCCGGGCUUAGAGUGUAUGAGGCAUUGCACGCAUGGGCUACCUUGCAAUCGGAUUAUCCUACUGUAACAGAGGGGACGGGGCGAUAAGGUCGGAUGGCUACACAUCUGGAGCGAAACAUCCCGCGUCCGCUCGUAAUGACUUGACGGCUUCACGAGCAACCAUAGAACGGCACCAUGAACAAUGGGCAUAACAUUGCGCAAGCGCACUCAGUACGAGAAGAUCAGCAAUGAAACCGAAGCAUACAACAGAAUCUCUUGCUCUUCUGGUCCAACUGUAGUGUACACACGCACG